GCUGUUUUAGCCCUUCCGCAAAAGAAAGUCACUCGAAUGCGUACGGUUGUAAACAGAGAUUGUUGGUUCGUACACACCAACGAGGAUAUUUGGUGACAGCGCGAAGAGACAGAUCUGACGAGAAUAGGCAACGCAUGUGCACUUGUCUUAUCCGGUACCCUUCCCUCCUGGCUGUCCCCAACUACUUGCGAGCGGGGAAUCACGCCGCAGGUACGAACUACUACAAGCCGCGGUAGCUCUGUCGCCACGACGUUGCGGCACUCAAAGCGAACGUGACGGAUUCGAUCCCAGUCGCUGGGGCUGCAUUUUAGUGGUCGCGAAUAGCAAAAAAAAAAAAAAAGAAGAAGCAAUUAAUAAUGAGCGCGCGGACCGUAUUUACGGGUGAGUGUUGAACUUGAGCGUAAAGCCUCAGAAGGUAAUUUUUUUAUAUAUCACUGGCCCUGUUCUACCGUUCAAUAGACUAUGAACAUGAAGAGCGAUGAGCAAGCACCCGAAGCGGGCCCGCAAGGAAAGGAGCAGCCGACGGGGACCCCUUCCAAAGAUCCCGCGGCCGCACCCACCGAGGCCGUUUCCCCGAUCGCCAGCGGCGCUCCCAGUCCUGCACUCUCGCGCAAAGCCGGGCGCCAUUCUCGAGCGCACGGCGUGAAGUCACCUUCCAGGAAGGCCGCGGCUGCAGCGUCCGGGGCGGCUUCUCCGAUCGCCGGUGCCGCGGCCAGCCCUGGUCGCCAGAUCCGGCGAGCUGUUGGCAAGCAGCAAUCGAUGUCGCCGAAGAGACUCGGUUCUCCGUCAGCCGUGAGCUCGUCACCGGGUUCCCCCGCGCAUAAGCCGAGCAGCAAGGAGGGCAAGGGACACAGGGCCGCUACCAGCCAUGGCAAGCGCGCUGCCCGCGAUAGACCCGGAGUGGAGCCUGCGGCAAGAGGCGUUCCCUCGGUACCCUCCGGAACCAAAGGAAACACCGCGGCUACAAAGGAGGCAAGUGGCGCCGGCCAAGCUGAUGCGGCAGGACCCACGGCGAAGGUGCAGGAUCCACCGCAACCAGAAGCUGCUCAAGCUGGCCCCACACCGCAGCAGAAGGCAGUUGAGACCUCAAUCGUCGGUGUGUCAACAGCCACUUGGGACGGUAAACGAGAUGUGCAGAGGGCUUCACAAAGGUUCCUGUGGCUGUAACCCAGUGCUCAGGUAUGGACGACCGCACGUCAAGUUUCAUCCUAGACGCCAGCGCUCGUUUCUCCCCUGGCGGAACGAUUUCAUCUGCAACGGGUGUAGGCUUUCGCCGCCGCUUCCUUUAGCGGUCGCGCCCGCGUUCAGUUCGCGCUGCGCGUGAAACGUUUCUUGUUUGCGACGGCGCCUCUUCGGAUGACUGGAAAUUAUUAUUGUGUUGUUAACUGUCACGACAGCAAUGUAAACACGAAAGGGUUGAUGCCACCAGUGAAAUUCUGCCGAUUCACAAGAAAAUGGUACGAAAAAGGCAGACGACAGACAUGGAUUACUGCGGUGCGCCGAGCGAAGUAAACAGCUGGCAAACGAAGCGAGCUCGUUCAUUGAUCACUCCUGAGUGUAUGACGGUUUUUAUAUGUAACCCACAUGAAUUUAACAAUUACUUGGUACAUAAUCCUUUAUUCAUAUAUAAACUUUAAGUUGUU